AUGGAAGUAGAGGCCGAGGGUCAUGUGUUGAGGCCGGGAAGAGCAGGUGACUGCAUGGUGACUCUGACUCUGUGUUCAGGUGACUACAUGGUGACUCUGUGUUCAGGUGACUGCAUGGUGACUCUGUGUUCAGGUGACUACAUGGUGACUCUGUGUUCAGGUGACUGCAUGGUGACUCUGUGUUCAGGUGACUACAUGGUGACAGGUGACUGCAUGGUGACUCUGUGUUCAGGUGACUGCAUGGUGACUCUGUGUUCAGGUGACUGCAUGGUGACUCUGUGUUCAGGUGACUGCAUGGUGACUCUGUGUUCAGGUGACUGCAUGGUGACUCUGUGUUCAGGUGGUGACUCUUCAGGUGACUACAUGGUGACUCUGUGUUCAGGUGACUACAUGGUGACUCUGUGUUCAGGUGACUACAUGGUGACUCUGUGUUCAGGUGACUACAUGGUGACUCUGUGUUCAGGUGACUACAUGGUGACUCUGUGUUCAGGUGACUACAUGGUGACUCUGUGUUCAGGUGACUGCAUGGUGACUCUGUGUUCAGGUGACUGCAUGGUGACUCUGUUCAGGUUGCAUGGUGACUGCAUGGUGACUCUGUGUUCAGGUGACUGCAUGGUGACUCUGUGUUCAGGACAUGGAGGGGUGAAUCAGUUAGGAGGCGUGUUCGUGAACGGCAGGCCCCUCCCAGAUGUGGUGCGAACGCGAAUCGUAGAGCUGGCUCACCAAGGGGUCCGCCCCUGUGAUAUCUCUCGACAGCUCCGGGUCAGUCACGGAUGUGUCAGCAAGAUACUGGGGAGGUACUAUGAGACAGGAAGUAUCCGUCCCGGGGUGAUUGGAGGAUCCAAACCAAAGGUUGCUACACCCAAAGUGGUGGAUAAGAUCGCCGACUACAGCCAAAACCCCACCAUGUUCGCCUGGGAGAUACGAGACAGACUAUUGGCUGAGAGAGUGUGUGACAACGAUAGUGUUCCCAGUGUCAGCUCUAUCAACAGGAUCAUCAGAACUAAAGUCCAGCAGCCUCCGGGUCAGUCAGGACCUCUCUCUGCUCAUAACCUGGCGUCGUCGGUAGCGUCGACACAGGUUUCUGCGGUAACCAGUGACUCGGCUGGCUCCUCCUACUCCAUCAGCGGCAUUCUGGGUAUCAGCUCAGCUAACGACGGGAAGCGGAAGAGAGACGAUGCCCUCCAGGAGUCUCCUCUAGCCAAUGGCCAUGGUCCAGGAGGGCGGGAUUUCCUGAGGAAGCAGAUGAGAGGGGAUCUCUUCUCGCCGCAGCAGAUUGAG